CCGCAAGCUGGUCCCAGCCCCUCUGCCUACUUUAGGGCCAUGCGGGCUCGGAUCUGCCCAGAUGGACUAGGGAUAGAGGGAGAGUGCCACCAGGAACUGCCCACUGCUGAGGGUCUCUACUUUGCCAACCGCACCGCCCCGUGCCCCCUGCACACCCAACCCCGACUCCAACCAGACUGUUCCAUUAGGACAGAGGGAGCUCUCUGCCUUUGCCUUGAGUGACGCCGGUGCUCGGAGUCCAGCCUCACUGCAGACCCACCCCAUCGCCCCGCCUCUCCUCUGCCCGCCCCCGCUCUACCUGGCACGAUGGAUCGCUCUGUGCAGGAGCUCUUCCUCAACUUCAUGAUCGUCUUAAUCACCGUGCUGCUCAUGUGGCUUCUGGUCAAGUCCUACCAGGACGCAUGAGGUCCAGGAUGUGUUGGGUGGGAGGAGCAUAUUUUUGGCUAGGAUCCCCACCCAAAAGCCAUGAGAGGAAGCCUUGUGGGGUGUCAGGGCUUUGACACGGUGGCACAGUGUCGAGAUCCAGCACGCAAUUGCUCAUACACUGUCUCAUCCUGAGCCUCUAAAUGUUUAAUUGCUUUUUAGAUUAGUGUAAAAAAAAGAAAACUCAGAAUUUCUAAUUGAAUUUUGAUUAUGUUCAUUUUAGAAAGUCAAACUUCAUCAAGUUUAAAAUUAUUCAUAUUGUGUUUUUAUUCUUACUUUAUAGUGCAGUAAAUUUAUAAACUAAAUGUAUAAACUAUACAUGAAACAGAAAUAAACAUGUUAUUCUGAAUCCAAACAUUCUGUUUACAGUUUUUAAAAUAAAAGUUGUCAUCUUUAA